UCGACGCCGUCAUGACAGAAAACUCGGAUGGAUUUUCCUGCUCAGCAGCCCCAGUGCGGAUUUAUGGGGCUGCUCGCGGCAGGUCGGUGCGAAAUUUCCGUCGGUCGGCUCGCAGCGUUGCGACUUGAGCACCAUUUCCUAUACGCGGCUCCAGUGAUCCACACGCGUAGUCGCUGAUUGAGGGCAGUCUGAGCCCCCCAAAAUCGCAACCAGAAGCUCAGUGAGAUCGAGCAUGCACACGGACGACAUGUACAACCCGAGCUGAGAAACAGCUUAUUUUGCUCUCAUCAGAGCUACAGAACAGGGGCACUUCCCCUCAUCAGAACGCCUGCUUAGAUAUAUGCACACACACAACAAAAAAAGACAUGCAAGCGAGCCGGUGAGCACGCCGCCCUGAUGAUCAUCAAACCGAGCCAAAUCUAGGAGGAAAAGUUGGGGAAAAAAGUGGCACGAUGUCGAGGCAAAGCGAUGACUCGAGAUCUGCUCAUGACACGUUCGUGAAGCAGAGUAGAGUAGAGCAGAUCAGCAGUUCGCAUCAGUGAGCUAAGCUAGCUAGCGAGCUACUUUUCUUUUGCCGUAACUCGGUUGGAGAGACCUGUCGAGGCCGCCUGGUCAGCAAAGUGCGAACUCCCAUUAACUAACACCACCACCGAACUGGGAUUUCUCUCAGAAACAAGCUUUUUUGGUAUUUCCCCCGUGACGAGUUUGACAGGAGGGAGAUUUCUGCUGCUUCGAUUUCCCUAAAGCAAGAUGGACUCUCUUUGGCUUGUCUGUCUUUGGCUUGUCAGACCCCUAGAUCGACAUUUUGCACCGUGAUGUAAAAGCGAGCAGGUUCGGACCAGGGCUCAGGCGGCCUAAUUAACCAGCCUGAUGUGGAGACAGAAGGAAUACAGGCGGUCACCAUCAUCGCAUGUCACAGCCUGACUGACAGAUCCAUCUUCAUCUUUCAAAUCCAGCAUUUCCAUAGUAGUCUGUGAUUAAGGUCCUCAGCAGCAUGAAGGGCGGAGGAGGGGGGAAGGAGGUGCCGGUGGAGGGCGAGGUGAGCAGCAAGCAGCGCCCCAAACGCAAGUGCCUUCAGAGGCACCCCCUGCUUUCCAAGAAGAAAGCCCUGGACUUCUCUGAGGAAGAGGAAGAGGAUGAGGAUGAAGAGCUGGAGAAGGUUCCAGUGGAAAGCCCUGAGCACAGCCGUGAGGUUCCUGAGUGUGUGGCGAUGGAGGAUGACUGUGACGAUGACUCUUCGGAGCAGCGCGCUCGCCGGCCCAUGAACGCCUUCCUGCUCUUUUGUAAGCGGCACCGCUCGCUGGUGCGCCAGAAACACCCGAGACUGGACAACCGUGGAGCCACCAAGAUCCUGGCGGACUGGUGGGCCGUGCUGGAGCCCAGUGAGAAGCAGAAAUACACCGACAUGGCCAAGGAGUACAAAGAUGCCUUUAUGAAAGCAAACCCAGGCUAUAAGUGGUGUCCUGCCACCAGCAAACCGGUGAAGAGUCCUACUCAUGCAGUGGGUAAUGUGCGUAAGAAGGCCUGGUCUCUGCCCCCCAGCAACGCCAAGGACAUCACUGCUGCCAAAAAAGUGCCCAAAACUGACAGCACACCACAGCUAAACUUUGCCAUGGCAGAUCCGACUAAGAUGGGUGGCCUGAGCAUGCUGCUGCUAGCUGGGGAGCAUGCGCUGACUGCCAGAGAGAUCUCUAAUAGUUCACAGAGCGGAGUUGCAGAUGUUGCAAAGCAUACUGGGAAAUCUGCCUUUUUCCAGCCGACUGAGACUUCCUCGUGUCCAGCUCGGCUUGUUGAAGGGUGUGAAACUUCAGAGUGCCGAAGUGCAGCGGCUCCUCAGACCGAGGUAUGUGGCCUUUCUCAGCCCAACUCGCCAGAUUUACCCAGCAGCUGCAUGCGCUGUCCUCUCUUCCAGCUGGCUGAGAUAUCAUCCAGCGGUUCUCAGGCGUCGGUAUCUGAGAUCAAGCAGUGUGGCCAGUCUGCUCUUUUUCAACUUGCCGAGAUGUGUUUAGCCUCUGAAGCAGAGAAAAUGGAGGCCCUUUCCUCCCAACCAGCCAUGGACUCGUCCUCUCUCUGUGCGCAGGACAGUGCUCCCAACAUAACCCCCACCACGGACAUUCCCUCACCAACACCACCGUCAUCCUCCCCAACGUCCUGUAAGAAGAAGAAGAAGAAACCAAGCGAUCUGGCAAAAGGCGAGAAGAGCCCUGGCUCGCCCAAGAAACCCUGCAAGAAGCGUUCUUCGUCUAACUCGGACCUCGAGAGCUUGUUGUACACCAUUGAGGCGGUGGCCAAAGGAGCCUGGGGCUCACAGGAGAAGGAGACAACCAGGAAGCGGCCACGUACUUCAAGUGGUGCCGCGGAUCAGCCUUCAACAGCAGAUAAGAAAAAGACCAAACCCAAAGCAAAGAAACAGCUCAGGACCAAGGAGGAAGAAGAGGAGAAGGUAGAAGAAGAGGACUGCAAGCAACUCGAGACGGAAUGCUCUGUUCUGAGCGAUGAAGCAGAGGUGAAUCCGGAGUGCAAAAAGGAAGCUGAUGUUAAAGUGGACAGAGUGGAGGAUUCAGAGCCACACGUCUCUACAGCACAACAAAACACAUGUGUAGAAGCGGACCCUCCACUGCCAAACAAAGAAGAAGAGAGGGACCUGGAAAUUAAACCAGUUGUAUUUCAAACAGAAGAGAAGGACAUCGAGCCCAAACCUGAAGCCUGCGGAUCUCGGAAAUCAGAGCGAAGCUGUAAGGGAGCACUGUACAAGACCCUGGUGUCUGAAGGAAUGCUGACAUCACUGAGGGCCAACGUGGACAGAGGAAAGAGAGGCUCCAUGCGUGGCGCUGUGUCCGAGUCUGAGAUAGGAUGGACAGAUGAAAGCUGUAAUUUCACUCAGGUUGCUGCCAGCAACCCCAAAAAACUGAAAAAGUCCAAAUCCAAAGAAGAGCCAGCACCAGGCAACCUAGGGAAGCUGGAGGAGGAGUUCGAGAAGAAGUUUAACAGCCUCCCCCAGUACAGUCCACUGACGUUCGACAAAAAGAGCACAGCGGUCAUCAAAAGGAAGAAAGCCAACGGAGCCAACCCUCUGGAAAAUCCUGCGCCUAACAAGGGUCCAUCCCCAUCUCAGAAAAAGACUUUAUUCCACAAGAUUGUUAGCAAGUACAAGCACAAAAAGGAAAAGGCUGGAACUUUGGACAAAGCCAUAGCACAGCCCGAAUCAACAGCCAGUGACACCGGCACGGUGAAGUCCGACUCCCCGGGCGUCGUUUCUCUUUCCACUGAGACCCGUAAGAUGGGCGAUGUGCCUGUGGGUAGCCAGAAAAGAAAAGCCAGAAAAAGCAAAAUCACCCACUUGGUGCGCACAGCCGACGGGCGACUGUCGCCUGCUGAGGCGGACAAAGUGAAGGAUCUGACCCAGGAUCAGGAUGGAAAGCCAUUAACUCAUGAGACUUUAUGCAACACUGAGAGCUGCUCCACUGACCACGGACCAGAUGAGUCUGGCAGCCUGCCGGCCUUCUUCAGCCUAGCGGCCCUCGCCGAGGUCGCCGCCAUGGAGAACGUGCAUCGAGGGCAGCGAGCAGUGAGCAUGGCUGCUGAAGGUCAGGUGAAGGACAUGGCACCUCAGACUCCCAUGCUGAUCUCUUGUGCUGAUCAGUGAGGGUGUUGACCUCUUCUGCGAGUGGACUUAAUUGGGACGUACCUGAGAGCUUUGUGCUGGGGAAUAUAUAUACACAUUCAAAACGAGUUCUAAAGAGGGAGAGAAAGAGAGCGCAUGGAGCAAGCUGAAAUGGAAGAGGAGGAAGAUGCGCUACUAGGUUACCAUGGAGGCUUUAACAAACACACACACACACACAAACACGAGAGAUCAUGUAGAGGUGUGGUCUGGCUUCCUCCAUUUGCUCUAGACAUUCAGAAACUGGAGAUGGCUGCUGUUUUAAAGUAAACCUUUUUUUUUUCUUUUCUUUUUUUUGCAAUAUGAGAAAAUGGACCUAGGGAAGCUCUCUCAAGUCUUGUUCUCAUUUUCAACCGUUCUGCAUAAAACCUCUCUCUGUUAGAGGAAAAUCUUGUGGCUUCCUGCUCUCUUUCCUGCCCAGAGCCAAACGCACAUGCAUUGCACACUAGGUGUGUGUGCGCGCGUGUGUAAUUUUGCUCUACAGCCCCCAUACCUCACAGCCAGCCUGCUUCUCAACCCAAGUCCCUCUCAGCGCAGGCUUCACCUUGACAAUGCACAAUUAAUGCCUAGAUGCCUCUUUUCUGGUCAAUGACCCUUUUUGGAUCCAGCGCAAGCAUCCAUGACUGCAUCUCUCACAAGAGCAGCGUGAGUGAGACUGCAAAAGUGCACGUUUGUGAUCCAAAGCAAACAAGUUAAUAAGUGAUUGAACACUGACCUGGUCAGAAGCCAUUCUCUCUCUCUUUUUUAUUUUUUCUCUAACAGCUCCCCGUUACUGUACUGGGCACCCUUCCGCUCUCACGUGCACAGCUAUAUAGAUGAAUAGAUUUUUUUAGAGCAGUAUACUUGAAUGAUACAAUGCAUUUUAUGUCAAUACUUGACCUUCCUGCAAUGUGGGUGGGUGGAUGUGUGUAAACAGUAUGAGUGUAUGUGUGUGUGCGUGUAGCAUCCUGAUAGCAAAUCCAAAUGUGUGUGUGUGUGUGUGUGCUUGAGUCUUGAUAGCUAAUCCAAAAGAGUGCUACUAGUUUCCUAAGGUAGUUUCGUAACAGACACUGCACUAAUUUUUAGCUAUACCGUAUUACACCAGAUGGCAGUUUAUUUGUUGCUAGAUGGCAUCAUAAACUGGCACCUCAGUGUGGCUCAGACUUUUAGGCAAUUUAAUUUUUUUCUCUUCUGGUUUUCUACCAUUCGCACUAAACGUGCGCAUAAUACAUUUCUGGGAUGAGGUAACAGUGUUAAUUUUGAUGCACCUCCUACCCCUAGUCUCGUGCCAGCAGAAGUCGUACGCAGUUUCUCUCUUACAUGGCGUUAGGCUUUCUUGCUGCUUCUGCCCAUUCCUUUGAGUUUCCAGUGUAAGAGAGAAGGGGGAGAGUAGCAAAUCGAGCAGAGAAUUAGUUCUCUCUCGUGCAUGUAACCUGUAACACGCAGUGCCCAUAGCACUGAGGAUCGCACCUGGCUGAUGAUUUGCUCCUGGCUCGACAUGCACUGUUUUUGUUUUUCCAAUAAACCAUCAUAGAGCCUUUCUUUCAACCUCCUCUGGGAAUGAAAGGUUUG